AUGUCGUCCGCAAGGAAUAUCAGCGUGUCCCAGGAUGAUCUCAUCCACCAAGUGUCCCGCAGUCUUGGUCUCUCGACAUCUCCGGCCGCGCCCACGCAUUCCACACCCUCCAGCUUUGGCUACGCUACUGCUGCUGCUAAUGCCAAUGUCACGGCCUCAAAGCACUUGAAGCCCUUUGCCACCGAAGACAUUAAGAUCUUACUGCUGGAAAAUGUCAACCAGACAGGUCGCGAUAUCCUCGCAAGCCAGGGCUACCAGGUGGAAUUCCUGAAGACUUCCUUGCCGGAAGAUCAACUCAUCCAGAAGAUCAGGGAUGUCCAUGUCAUCGGGAUUCGCUCAAAGACCAAGCUCACCGCUCGAGUCCUCCAAGAAGCCAAAAAUUUGAUCGUGAUAGGCUGCUUUUGCAUUGGAACAAACCAAGUUGACUUGAAGUAUGCUGCGGAUCAUGGAAUUGCAGUGUUCAACUCGCCGUUCAGCAACUCGCGCAGUGUUGCGGAAUUGAUUAUUGGUGAAAUCAUCGCUCUCGCUCGCCAACUGGGUGAUCGCUCCAAUGAAAUGCACGCCGGUACAUGGAACAAAGUGAGCAAUAAGUGCUGGGAAGUUCGUGGCAAGACACUAGGAAUUAUUGGAUAUGGCCACAUCGGAUCACAAUUGUCAGUAUUGGCUGAAGCAAUGGGUAUGAGUGUAGUUUAUUAUGAUGUUGUGAACUUGAUGGGGCUGGGCACAUCUCGACAAGUCGACACACUCGAAGAUCUUCUCGGACAAGCCGAUUUCGUCACUUGCCAUGUUCCUGAGCUUCCUGAAACGGUGAAGAUGAUCGGCCAACAGCAAUUCGAACAGAUGAAAACUGGAAGCUAUCUAAUCAAUGCUAGUCGUGGAAGUGUGGUUGACAUCCCUGCUUUGAUCCAGGCCAUGCGUUCUGGCAAGGUUGCCGGUGCUGCCCUUGACGUGUAUCCCAACGAGCCUGCUGGAAACGGCGACUACUUCCACAACGAUCUUAACACUUGGGCCAACGACCUCCGAAGCCUGAAGAAUAUCAUACUCACUCCUCACAUUGGUGGAAGCACCGAAGAAGCCCAGAGCGCUAUUGGUAUUGAAGUCAGCCAGGCUUUGGUCAAGUAUGUCAAUGAAGGUAUAACACUUGGAGCUUGCAACAUGCCAGAAGUCAAUCUACGUUCAUUGACAAUUGAUGAACCCGAUCACGCACGAGUAAUUUAUAUCCAUCAGAACGUGCCCGGUGUUCUUCGAAGAGUCAACGAAAUCCUGGGUGAUCACAACGUUGAUAAGCAGAUGACCGACAGCAAAGGCGAUGUUGCGUAUCUUAUGGCUGAUAUCAGCAACGUGGACACGCCAACAAUCAAGGACCUCUAUUCAAGACUAGAGAGUCUUUCAUCGCGUAUAAUGACCCGCAUUCUCUAUUAG